ACGUCACAAUCCGCCAUCGUCGCUCAAGCCGCACGGACGGAGCAACGACGCAUCAUUUUCUGGUGGUGAAACUUUUUCGCAAAAUAAUCCGGAGAAAAGUGUUUGGUUCCGGCUAAAAAUACCGUAAAUCUCCGCCCUCAGGAUGUACGAAAACGAGGAUGGCGAUCACUUCGAGGAGGACCCGGAGGAGAUUUCCCACGAGCUGUGGCAGGAAGCGUGCUGGAUCGUCAUCAACGCCUACUUCGACGAGAAGGGUUUGGUGCGGCAGCAGCUGGACAGUUUCGACGAGUUUAUCCAGAUGUCGGUGCAGCGCAUCGUGGAGGACUCGCCGGCCAUCGAGUUGACGGCCGAGGCGCAGCACACCACCGGGGACAUUGAGACGCCGACCCGCUACGUGCUGAAAUUCGAUCAGAUUUAUCUUUCGAAGCCGACCCAUUGGGAGAAGGACGGUUCCCCGUCGCCCAUGAUGCCAAACGAGGCACGUCUUCGUAACUUGACGUACUCGGCGCCACUCUACGUGGACAUUACCAAAACGAAGAUCGUCGAGGGUCAGGAUCCGGUCGAGACGCAGCACCAGAAGACGUUCAUCGGCAAGAUCCCAAUCAUGUUGCGUUCCACGUAUUGUCUGCUCUCCCAGCUAACGGAUCGUGAUUUGACGGAGUUGAACGAGUGUCCGCUCGAUCCGGGCGGUUACUUCAUCAUCAACGGUUCGGAGAAGGUGCUGAUCGCCCAGGAGAAGAUGGCCACCAACACGGUGUACGUGUUCAGCAUGAAGGACGGCAAGUACGCGUACAAGUCGGAAAUCCGGUCCUGCCUGGAGCACAGCUCGCGACCCACCUCGACGCUGUGGUGCAACAUGAUGGCGCGUGGAGGUCAAAGUAUCAAAAAGUCCGCCAUCGGUCAGCGGGUGAUCGCCAUCCUGCCGUACGUCAAGCAGGAGAUUCCGAUCAUGAUCGUGUUCCGAGCGCUCGGAUUCGUCGCCGAUCGUGACAUCCUCGAGCACAUCAUCUACGACUUUGACGAUCCGGAAAUGAUGGAAAUGGUCAAGCCCUCGCUGGAUGAGGCGUUCGUCGUGCAGGAACAGAACGUGGCGUUGAACUUUAUCGGUGCGCGUGGUGCCCGGCCCGGUGUCACCAAGGACAAGCGUAUCAAGUACGCGAAGGAAAUCCUUCAGAAGGAAAUGUUGCCCCAUGUGGGUGUGUCGGAUUUCUGUGAAACCAAGAAGGCGUACUUCCUCGGGUACAUGGUCCAUCGACUGCUGCUUGCUGCCCUGGGUCGUCGUGAACUGGACGAUCGUGAUCACUACGGUAACAAGCGGUUGGAUCUGGCCGGUCCCCUCCUGGCUUUCCUCUUCCGAGGACUGUUCAAAAAUCUUUUGAAAGAGGUUCGCAUGUACGCCCAGAAGUUUAUCGAUCGUGGAAAGGACUUCAACCUGGAGCUGGCGAUCAAAACUAAGAUUAUCACCGACGGCCUCCGAUACUCGCUGGCCACAGGUAACUGGGGAGACCAGAAGAAGGCCCAUCAGGCCCGUGCCGGAGUGUCUCAGGUGUUGAACCGACUGACGUUCGCCUCAACCCUGUCCCAUUUGCGUCGUGUCAACUCGCCGAUCGGUCGUGACGGCAAGCUGGCCAAGCCGCGUCAGCUGCACAACACCCUGUGGGGUAUGAUCUGUCCGGCCGAAACGCCCGAGGGAGCUGCUGUCGGGCUGGUAAAGAACCUCGCCCUGAUGGCCUACAUCUCGGUCGGAUCGCAACCGUCACCCAUUCUGGAGUUCUUGGAGGAGUGGUCCAUGGAAAAUCUGGAAGAAAUUGCCCCCUCUGCGAUCGCGGACGCUACCAAGAUCUUCGUCAACGGGUGCUGGGUCGGAAUCCAUCGUGACCCCGAGCAGCUGAUGGCCACUCUGAGGAAGCUGCGUCGUCAGAUGGACAUCAUCGUGUCCGAGGUGUCCAUGAUCCGGGACAUUCGCGAUCGUGAAAUUCGAAUCUACACAGACGCGGGCCGAAUCUGUCGACCGCUGUUGAUCGUCGAGAACGGAAGUCUGCUGCUGCGCAAGAACCACGUUGACAUGCUGAAGGAGCGUGACUACAACAACUACGGUUGGCAGGUGCUGGUCGCUUCCGGAGUGGUCGAGUACAUCGAUACCCUGGAGGAGGAAACGGUCAUGAUCGCCAUGACCCCGUACGAUCUGAAACAGGACAAGGAGUACGCGUACUGUACGACCUACACCCACUGCGAGAUUCACCCGGCGAUGAUCCUCGGUGUUUGCGCGUCCAUUAUUCCAUUCCCCGAUCACAACCAGAGUCCGCGUAACACCUAUCAAAGCGCUAUGGGUAAGCAAGCUAUGGGCGUGUACAUCACCAACUUCCACGUCCGGAUGGACACCCUAGCCCACGUACUCUACUACCCGAUGAAACCACUCGUCACGACCCGCUCCAUGGAGUACCUUCGGUUCCGAGAGCUCCCCGCCGGCAUCAACUCGAUCGUCGCCAUCUUGUGCUACACCGGAUACAACCAGGAAGAUUCUGUCAUCUUGAACGCCUCCGCCGUCGAGCGCGGCUUCUUCCGAUCGGUGUUCUACCGUUCGUACAAGGACUCGGAAAGCAAGAAGAUCGGCGAUCAGGAAGAGCAGUUCGAAAAGCCGAACCGCCAAACCUGCCAGGGCAUGCGCAACGCCCUGUACGACAAGCUGGACGACGACGGUAUAAUCGCGCCAGGACUUCGUGUGUCCGGUGACGACGUGGUCAUCGGCAAAACAAUCACCCUCCCCGAAACCGACGACGAUCUGGACGGAACAACCAAGCGGUACAGCAAGCGAGACGGCUCCACCUUCCUGCGUAACUCCGAAACCGGAAUCGUCGACCAGGUCAUGCUGACGCUCAACAGCGAAGGCUACAAGUUCUGCAAAAUCCGUGUCCGCUCGGUUCGUAUCCCCCAGAUCGGCGACAAAUUCGCCUCCCGUCACGGUCAAAAGGGUACCUGUGGAAUCCAGUACCGCCAGGAGGACAUGCCGUUCACCUGCGAAGGCCUCACCCCGGACAUCAUCAUCAACCCACACGCCAUUCCCUCCCGUAUGACAAUUGGCCAUUUAAUUGAGUGCAUCCAGGGCAAGCUCGGUUCUAACAAGGGCGAAAUCGGUGACGCCACCCCCUUCAACGAUGCCGUCAACGUGCAGAAGAUCUCCACCUUCCUGCAGGAGUACGGCUACCAGCUGCGUGGUAAUGAAGUCAUGUACAACGGACACACCGGCCGCAAGAUCAACGCCCAGGUCUUCCUCGGCCCCACCUACUACCAGCGUCUCAAGCACAUGGUGGACGACAAAAUUCACUCCCGUGCCCGCGGCCCCGUCCAGAUCCUCGUGCGCCAACCCAUGGAGGGUCGUGCCCGUGACGGUGGGCUGCGUUUCGGCGAGAUGGAGCGCGAUUGCCAGAUCUCGCACGGUGCCGCCCAGUUUCUGCGCGAGCGCCUGUUCGAGGUGUCCGACCCGUACCGGAUACACGUGUGCAACUUUUGCGGGCUGAUCGCGAUCGCCAACUUGCGCAACAACACGUUCGAGUGCAAAGGCUGCAAGAACAAGACACAGAUAUCGCAGGUCAAGCUGCCGUACGCGGCCAAGCUGCUGUUCCAGGAGCUGAUGUCGAUGAACAUUGCGCCGCGGUUGAUGGUGCUGUAAGGAGGAUGACGAUAUAUUGCUGCGACACACAAUUUAAACAGUUUUAUCUAUCUACCAAGUAAGAACCUACAAUUAUUAUUGCCUAUAAACGUUGUCCGGACAGGACGGAUUGUAACAAG